CGUCUCCGUCGACGUGCCGACGAGAGCGCGGGCACGAUGAUGAGCGGCGUGUACGCGUGGAGAUUCGCAAAAGUCGCCAGGCAAAGGCUUUUACCUCCUCCUACUCCUCUCGCUAUUACCACUCCGCGGAUCUCGGCGCUCCGCCGACAACGAACCGACGGCUCGCGCUACGACCGAACGGCGCUACGGACGAACUCGUCCACCGCUGUAACCGCCGUCGCCGCUGUCACCGCCGCCUCCGCCGCAGCCGACGACGACGCCGUUUUCACGGGUCGCAGUGCUCCGCGCCUUGUCCGCGCCUCGGCUAUUCGACAGCUGAUCAUGGAGCUUGAGAAUUGCAACGCGCACGGGGACCAGGAAAAUACGGGGCCCAACACGCCGCAGCACGAUAACGACCCGAGUGGCAACAAAAAGUGGUACCGGCAGGCCAGCCAAAGUAACGAGGACGAUAUCCCGAUAUUUGACGGUGCAGGGCCGAGAGUGCGAUUCCCGGAUGACUUGAACAUAUUUCCCGAGGAAUCGAUUCACCGAACCAUCCUCGGCCUUAACGUAGGACUGACCAGGAACGAUCGUAGCGAGCAAGACUUGGACAGCUACAACGAGGGCAUGCACGGCGCCCGCACUGAUAAGCGCGAAUUAGGGCACAGAAUCUUCGUCAAUCGGAGUCUUCACUUGGAGAACAUCAAGUUCUAUGGCUUCGACAUGGAUUACACGUUGGCGGAAUACAAGUCGCCGCAGUACGAACAGUUAGGCUUUACACUGCUCAAGGAUCGUCUAGUAUCUUUAGGAUACCCGCAGGAGAUCAAGGCCUUCGAAUAUGAUCCAAGUUUUCCCGUCCGUGGGCUGUGGUUCGAUACGUUGUACGGAAAUCUCUUGAAAGUAGAUGCGUAUGGGAACAUCUUGGUUUGCGUUCAUGGUUUCGAGUUCUUGAAACACUCUCAGGUUUACGAGCUUUAUCCUAAUAAGUUUCUACAAUUAGAUGAAUCUAGAGUUUACGUGCUCAACACCUUGUUCAACCUGCCGGAAACGUACCUGCUGGCGUGUCUGAUAGAUUUUUUCACAAACUCGCCGCAGUACACUAGAGAGAAGACCGGAGUGAAAGAAGGUGAGCUCACCAUGAGCUUCAGGAGUAUAUUUCAAGACGUUAGGAGCGCGGUAGACUGGAUCCACCUUCACGGUGAUCUGAAAACGAAAACUAUCGAGAACUUGGACGAAUACGUGAAGAAGGACGAGAGAUUGCCUAUGUUCCUUACGAGAAUCCGAGAGAGCGGAGCGAGGGUGUUUCUGUUAACUAACAGUGAUUACGUUUUCACGGACAAAAUUAUGACUUACUUGUUCGAUUUUCCACAUGGCGCACGGCCUGACGAGCCGCACAGAAAUUGGAAAACCUACUUCGAUACUAUUGUAGUAGAUGCCAGGAAGCCGUUAUUCUUCGGAGAAGGGACGAUCUUACGGCAGGUGGACACGAGGACCGGUGCUCUAAAGCUUGGCACUCAUAAGGGGCCGCUGCAUACAGGUGAGGUGUAUUCAGGAGGCUCGUGCGACGUGUUCACGGGAUUAAUUGGCGCCAAAGGGAAAGAUGUGUUAUAUGUCGGCGACCACAUAUUCGGUGAUAUUUUAAAGAGCAAGAAGAUAAGAGGUUGGAGGACAUUUUUAAUAGUUCCCGAAUUGGUUCAAGAGUUGCAUGUUUGGACGGAUAAAUGUCAGUUGUUCGCUGAAUUGCAGAGUCUAGAUGUUAUGCUCGGAGAAAUGUACAAAAAUUUAGACAGCAGCACAAAGGAGAAACCAGACAUUUCCAAGUUACGCACGUCCAUAAGGGAUGUCACGCACAAAAUGGACUUGGCAUAUGGUAUGAUGGGCUCUCUGUUCCGUAGCGGGAGUAGACAAACAUUUUUCAGUAGUCAGGUCGUAAGGUAUGCCGAUCUGUAUGCGGCGACCUUCUUGAAUUUGAUUUACUAUCCCUUUUCAUAUAUGUUUAGAGCACCUGCCAUGCUGAUGCCUCAUGAAAGUACAGUAGCUCAUGAACAGAGGUUUGUCAUGGAAACGCCGAUGAUAAGUCGUUCUAGAACGUUUAAAUUGAUAGAUGAGGAAGAAGAACAUAAUCGACCUACCUCUAAGACUUUGUUCGUGGACCAUUAUAAUAGUCAAAUUCCACACGCAAGACCGGAAACGCCACGUAACGUCACACAUACGCACGAUGAGGAUUGUAGUGACGAAGACAGUGACUCGCAAAAACAAGCCAAUCAUGCAAGAGCGAGUACAAGAAACGCAAGUUGCAACUGAAACAACCUUUCACUCCCAAUGUGGUCUCGUCUAACGUAAUUGUAAUCGACUGACAAUGAAUCGAAUGAAACAUAAUACGUAGCAUACUAAGUGAAAUAGUUUGUGUCUUAAAGAGUUGUUAUUAGCAUAAGACGAGUCACGCAGGGAUAAAUAGUUUUCAUAAUUUUGUACGACAGAAAUCGUAGUUUUCCUUUCUCUUCUUUUAACAAAAAAAGUCGCUGUUUUUCAUCGAUGUGACACCUCGGCGCGUUAUUAUAUCCUAAUUUUAUUGAUUGAUUAACAAAGCUACUGCAGAGAGUUGCAACUUUUUCUUGAAAAUUAUAGCCUAAAAUUCUGCCAAUCUAAUAAAGUAUUUUUAACUCAUUAAUAAUAUUUAAUUCAAAAAUUUACAUGUUAUGAUAUAGAUUAAUGUAUUGUCUAUACAAGCACAAGAUUUAGCAAUAUAUUUCUAUUGAUUUAAGUGAAUCAUUUUUUAGUAUGUUAUAUUACAUACUUACACAUACAUAUUCUCUCUUGCGAAAUAUUGUUACAUAGAAAUUAGAGCGCACAAAUUUAUAUAUAAAAUUUUAAUACCUAGGCUUUUUCAAUUAUAUGACAUAUAUUAGAGCCUUAUUAAUACAUGUGUUACAGUAUCUCCAUGUGAUUAAUAAGGUUUAAAUAUUAUGCUAAAAGAGUGUCGAUACUAGGAAACAUCGAUAUUAAACUUAGUAUAAGAUUGAAUACUAGCCAAAUCUUUUUACAUGCAAUAUAAGCUUGUUAAAGAUAUAGUUAAAAAGGGAUAAAUGAAAACUGAACGAGAUGCAAGAAAUCUCAAUAAGUUCUUUGUUGUACAAUCUAAGUUAGUAUAUGUAGAACAAAUAUAUCCUUAUACGAUCAAAUACUCUAAAUUAAUUAGUUUGUUCACAGUUAGUUAGCAGAUAAAAUAUAAUUAAUUCUCAUUUAAGAAGUAUCAAUAAAUGAUUGCACUUAUACUAAAGAGCACUAGUAUAAGUCUUACACUGCAAGUUUAAGACAAUAUUAACUUUGUAUAUGAUAUAAACUAUUAUAUAUAUAAAUAUAGACAACAAAGAGCAAUAGAAUAGAAAAUCAAAUGUAGGAAUAUAUUGACACAUUAGCAUGAUAUAAUAACUCUGGAAGUAAUAUAUCUCGUUUUUUCAUGCAGCAUCAAAAUUGAAAAAAGAAAUAUCCUGAAAUUAUUAUAAAUAUAUCAAAGAGUAAUUGAUAUUAGCACUUGUAUGUGUAACCUCUGGUAAAAAAAACUCAUAGAAUUCACUUAUAUUCCAUUACAGGAAAAUAUUCCACUACUAUAUGUUAGAAGCCCGAUAUAAAACUAUAUAAGCCGUAUAUAGUAUGUUAUAUAUGCAUGAGUUAAAGAAUUUCUCAUAUUACUUAAGGCUUUUAUGCAGAUUAAAAGUUUAUGUAAAAAUAAUUUUAUUUUGAAUAAAUUAUGAGACAUA